AAAGGUUGGAGAAUCAAUAAAAAAACCAUGAAAAUGGAAAAAGAUAUUGAGGUCAAUGAGACAACACCAAUGGAGCCACUUAGCCCAAUGUCACAUAUGCUAAGUUCCCCAAAUUUCUUCAUUGUUAUCACUUUUGGGUUAAAAAUUAGAUGCAAUACAUCAAGAUUUGUUGAAGGCAUCAGCAACUCAUUGAUCAAUGCUCCCAGAUUCACUAGCAAAAUGGAAGUAGACUAUAAGAGAAAAGGAGAACCAGUGUGGAUUCCGGUUAAAGUUCGAGUAGAAGACCAUGUCCUUGUCCCGGAUCUUGAUUAUGCCAACAUUGGCGAUCCGGAUCAUUUCAUAGAAGACUAUAUUUCAAACAUUGCUAACAUUCCAAUGGACAUGUCCAAGCCACUUUGGGAAUUUCAUCUACUCAACAUAAAGACCUCAAAAGCAGAAUCUUUGGCUAUAGUAAAAAUACAUCACUCAAUUGGUGAUGGAAUGUCUCUUAUGUCUCUUUUACUUGCUUGUUCGCGAAAAAUAUCAGAUCCUAACGCGCUAAUAUCCAAUACCGUGGCCACGAAAAAACCUGUCGAUUCCAUGGCUUGGUGGUUGGUUGUUGGGUUUUGGUUUAUGAUAAGAGUCACUUUCACUACUAUUGUUGAAUUUUUCAAGUUGAUGCUUACUAUAUGCUUCUUGCGAGAUACCAAAAAUCCUAUUAUGGGUAAUCCUAGUGAUGGAUUCCAAUCUUGGAAGCUUAUGCAUCGGAUUAUAAGUUUUGAUGAUGUCAAGUUUGUCAAGGACAAAAUGAAUGUGAAAGUGAAUGAUGUACUUCUUGGAAUGACACAAGCAGGUCUUUCAAGAUACUUGAGUAGCAAAUAUGAUGGAUCGAUGGCCGAGAAGAAAAAGAUCUUAGAAGAACUCCGAGUUCGUGGUGCUGUAGCUGUAAAUUUAAGACCAGCAACAAAGAUAGAGGAUUUGGCUAAUAUGAUGUCAAAGGGUUCAAAGUGUAGAUGGGGAAACUUCAUAGGGACUAUCAUAUUUCCUUUGUGGGUGAAAUCAGAGAAUGAUCCAUUGGAAUACAUUCGACGAGCCAAAGAGACCAUGGAUAGGAAAAAGAUAUCUCUUGAAGCAUUUAUUUUCUACGGAAUCAUAAAAUUCACCUUGAAAUUUUUUGGAGGAAAGGCAGUAGAAGCUUUUGGAAAGAGGAUAUUUGGUCACACAUCAUUGGCAUUUUCAAAUGUGAAAGGUCCUGAUGAAGAAAUAAGUUUUCUUCACCAUCCGAUUUCGUAUAUUGCGGGAAGUGCAUUAGUUGGAUCACAAGCUCUCAAUAUCCAUUUUAUAAGCUAUGUAAACAAGAUUGUCAUCAAUCUAGCUGUUGAUACAACAACUAUUCCAGAUCCACAAAGACUAUGUGACGAUAUGGUAGAAGCACUCAAGAUCAUGAAAUCUGCUACACAAGAGAAAAUGUCUCCUAAAACAGAAGUUUGGAAAACAUCACCUGAUGUGUGAUAUCGAUGUAUAAAUAUGAAAUUUACUGUUUUAAUAUGCAAAAAAAAAAAAAAAAUUGUGUGGUUAAGUGAAAAUUUGUUAUUUU